AUACACAUUACACUCUCUAGUCUUUCUCUCUCUCUUACUCACUCAGAUUCUCUCUCUAAAUUGUCUCCUUCUUUGGCGUGGAAUUAGGCUUUCAUUACUGUCUCUCUUCUACACUUCCAUCAAUCACUCUUGUACUAACAAUCACUAAACACUACUCAUUUUCUCCUCUCUUUUAUUUUUCUCCUAUUAUUUAUUUCUACCCUCAACACCAACACCAUCAAUUUCCCCUGUUUUCUCCAUUUUCUCUCCCAAAUAUUGCAAAAUGAGCAGCAGAAGAUCUUCACUCAUUGAUCAUUACGAUCAUCCUUCCUUCUCUUCUUCACUUCUCGAACAAAUUUAUCGCUCUUUCGAUCAAGAUCAACCAGAUCAUUCCAUCAACGACAACAAUAAUUACAAGAAAUUCAGAAUGAAUCAUCAUCAUCAAAGCUGUAAUUACAUGGAGAGAGAAAAAAAUCGUGAUGAUUUUCGAGUUAAUCGGUUUGUUUUGGAUCAGUGGAUGCAGAAUAAUAAUGACAAGAGUAAUUCAAUUUCGUCGUCGUCGAUUAAUUCCGUCGCUAAAUUUAAUUCGUCGUCUUCAACGAGUUCGUCGGAUUCUAGCUCUGGAAUCGGCGGAUUUUCUUCCUCUGAUACUGAAUCUGUUUACAAUUCGUCGAAAUCGAAGAUGAAACCUAAGAUUAUGACGUUGAAGCCGAUAAAAACGAACGUAAAUCCGCCGGAAUUUCACCGGAAAUGUUACUCCGAUGAGAUUCCGGCGAAGAAAAAGGAAGGAAACCUUCAAAAAAGAGCGUUGAAGUUGUACGGUGAUUUGAAAAAGGUUAAACAACCGAUUUCUCCUGGAGGAAAACUCGCGAGUUUUCUCAACUCGUUGUUUAACUCUAACGCAUCAAAAAAACCGAAAAUAUCAACAUCAACCUCAUCUAACGGCUUAAAAUACUCCACAUCGACUCCAUCAACGGCUUGUUCGUACUCUAGGUCUUGCCUAAGCAAAACUCCGUCGUCCGCCGGAAGAUUCGAGAGGCGGUCAGUUAGAUUUUGUCCUGUAAACACAGUGAUCGCCGUCGCUAAUUACGACGACGACGAUAAUAAAGUAAGAGAAAGAUGGAGAGACAACAAUACUACUACUACUACAUCUUCUUCAAGAGGUCAUGAUCAUGAAGAGUUAAAAGUUCAAAUAAUGGAGAAGCAUAGGAGAGUAGAAGAAGUUGCUAAGGAAUUGUUGAAGAAUUAUCAUAAUGGACGAAAAUCAUAUCAAAAUGACGUUAGUAGUAAUAAUAAAAAUACUAUUCGACGUUUUAAACAACAAGAUGUUGAUGAUGAGGAUGAAGAUGAAGAUGAUGAUGCUAGUUGUUGUAGUUCGGAUCUUUUCGAGCUUGAAAUCGGAGUUGAUCGGAGGUACCGUGAAGAGUUGCCGGUGUAUGAAACUACUCAUGUUCAUACUAAUAGAGCUAUUGCUAAGGGAUUUAUUUUGUAAUAUGGGGGAUUAAUUUUUAUAAGAUAGUCAUUAGUUAAAUAUAUAAUUAUAUAUAUAUGAAUAUUAUGUUGUUGCUAUAUAUAUCUUGAUUUUAAUUGGGUGA